UACCGAGUUGCCAACAAGCGCUUGUUCAUAUUCGACUAUGAUGGAACGCCUACCCUUUUUGUUGGGGAACCUAUUGCAGCCAUCCCAUCAGAGCCCGUCAUCCAGACUCUGAAGUCUUUGGCGGUUGACCACCGCAAUGCUGUUUGGAUCAUUUCUGAUCGUGACGAGGAGUUCUUACAGCAACACUCGCGUCACAUUUCCGAGCUGGGCUUCAGUGCCGAGCAUGGAAGCUUCAUGAGA